GCGGAGCCUGCGCGCUGCGCCCCAGAGCUCCGCCCGCCCGCCCGCCGGGGCCCGGCCGCGGCCUGGCCCGGCACGAUGCUGAACGUGACGCCGUCGGCCUUCCCCGCGCCCGGCUCCCAGCAGCGAGCGGCAGCGGGUGCCCGCAGCAAGGUACCUUUAAAACCAGGAAGGAGUCUUAUGGAUUGGAUUCGGCUAACUAAAAGUGGGAAGGACUUGACUGGUUUGAAAGGGAGGCUGAUUGAAGUUACUGAAGAUGAGCUCUCUAAACACAACAAAAAGGAGGACUGCUGGAUAUGUAUAAGAGGAUUCGUAUAUAAUGUCACGCCGUACAUGGAAUACCAUCCAGGUGGUGAGGAUGAACUAAUGAAAGCAGCAGGAACUGAUGGUACAGAUCUCUUUGAUCAGGUUCAUCGUUGGGUCAAUUACGAAUCAAUGCUGAAGGAAUGUCUUGUUGGGAGAAUGGCUGUCAAGCCUGUUGCUGCUCCAAAAGAGAUUUCUUCUGCUGUGUCUGAAGACAAGAAACAGCUUAAUGGUGUGCUUCCUGAGAAGAAAGUACUGACUUCUUCUGCUAAAGAUUUAAGUCCGAGUUACGACUGGUUCCAAACAGAUAGUUUGAUCACGAUUGUCAUAUAUACUAAGCAGAAGGACAUGAAUGCAGACUUGGUGAUAGUUGACUGUCAAGACAAACAAUUAAGGGGAGAAAUCAUCAUGGAUGACCACUCAUAUCUUGUAGAAGUUGACUUGGAUCAUGCAGUUUCAGAAGAUGUGGCUGUAAAUGUUGCUGAAAAAGUAGGGAAAGUAGAGAUUAUCUUAAAUAAAAAGGAUAAUGUUCAUUGGAAAAUGCUGGGACAGCCCUGUGAGGGUCAUAAUACUUUUAUCAAACGCACAGACAGAGGACUGUUCUACAGAAAAUGCAAGUUGGUUUCUAAGACAGAAGUUACCCAUGACACCAAACUCUUCUGCCUAAUGUUGCCUAAGGGGACACAUCUCCACGUUCCCACUGGACAACAUGUUUACCUCAAACACAUUAUUGCAGGGACAGAGGUAGUAAAACCAUACACACCUGUGUUGCCUUUUUUGCCACUGGAUUUCCAAGAACCACCUUGCCAUGAUAGUGUGCAUAUAUAUUUAAUGAUUAAAAUUUAUCCCCAUGGACUGUUCACACAGGCACUUGACCACCUACAAAUUGGAGACUAUAUUUCUGUCAGCAAUCCUGAAGGCAACUUCAAGAAGUCACAAGUUCAAACUUCAGAAGAUCUCCUUUUAUUGGCAGGAGGCACAGGUUUCACACCAAUGGUUAAGCUGCUGAAUUUUGCUCUCUCUGAAGUUAGCUGUCUCAGGACAGUGAAGCUGAUCUUCUUCAACAAAACUGAGGAUGACAUACUCUGGAGAAACCAGCUAGAGCAAUUAGCUCUUAAAGAUGAAAGGUUUGAGGUUGAGUUCAUUCUUUCACAACCAUCAAAAGACUGGGUAGGUAAACAGGGGAAGAUUUCUCUAUCUCUUCUGUCUGAGUUUGUGAAAAGCAGAAGAGAUUCCAAAGUGCUUAUCUGCAUCUGUGGUCCAGCACCUUUUACAGAACAAGGAGUACAAUAUCUGAAGGACCUGGGAUACUCUCAAGAAGAGAUACAUGCUUUCACUGCAUAAACCCAUAGGAGGAUAUCAAUGUUUGUUUGUAUAAUUCAGUGUUAUUUAUUUAUCUUCAUGAAUUUAAAUAAGUGAGAAACAAUUUUGUAAGACUUGAAAUUUCACUCUUGGUACCAAACUGUUUCUUGGAAGAAGCAUAUCUUGGAAAAAAAGUUUUAUACUGUGUUUUAUCUUCUUUUUGUAAAUAUUUUUGCUAAUAUUUAAGUCAUCCAGGGUAUUAAUUUAUUGUAGAGGCAAGCAAAAAAGUGUAGUAUACAUUAUGUCAGGUGUUUCAUGUUGUUGGUUCAUGAGGAUUCUGAAAUUUGCAACAAGCUCUGAUAAAGGUUUUGACUUGAUAAAGCUUAUUAUUUCUUACUGUAAAAAGUCCAAAGAGCAAUACUGUCUGAAAUUAAAUAUUGCACUGUAACUCAGGUAAUCGGUCAUUGAAAAAUUUUCCUUUUCAUCUGAUCUCUCUUAUUUGACUUGCAAGUGAUCCAGAUACAUUUCUGGCUUUGUAAACAAAGAAGAAAAGUACCUUUGGUAAAAUGUAAAGUUUACAUCAAAUAAUAAAAAAAUAAUAAUUUUACAUU